GGACAUUCUCUUCAACACUAAAAGCCAGAUUUGUCACUAUUACUUCGGUUUUCUUGUAGAGGGAGUGGAAUAGUGUGUGGGAGUGUUUGAUUUUCCCAAUGGAUGCAAACAGUGGGGCUUAAAACAGCCCACAAAAAAAUAUUGAAGCUUCGUAGGAUCAAACCUGCUCCGAGUCAUCAUGGGGAGAGCCACGGUGCUGCUUGCUGUCUUUGGGCUUCUGCUGGCUUUGACUGCGUCACUACCAAACAAGGAUGACUGGGACAUUUACAGCUUUCACAUCAACGCCACUGUGACCCACCGAUAUGCCGUCACCACCAUCACAAGCCGUAUCGCCAACCGCAUGAACGAAUCUAAAGAAACUGAAUUCCAGAUUCAGAUUCCCAAGAAUGCCUUCAUCUCUAUGUUCAGAUUGACGAUGGACGGUCAAGUGUAUGACGGCAUUGUGAAAACGAAGGAGCAAGCUCAGGAGCAGUACAUUAGAGCUGUGUCCCAUGGCCAAAGCGCUGGGAUUGUCAGCUCUGUAGGAAGAACCUUGGAGGAAUUUAAAACCUCUGUAACUGUGGCUGCCCACAAAAAGGUCACCUUUGAACUCAAAUAUGAGGAGCUGCUGAAGCGAACCCACGGCAAAUACGAGCUGCAGAUCCACGCUCGACCCAUGCAGCCUGUCAGAGACUUCAAGGCUGAUGUGUACAUUCGCGAGAAAGCCAGCAUCAGUUUCGUUGAUGUGAAAGGAGGACUGAGCACCAAAGCCUUGGCUAAUGCUAUCACUAAAACACUUGCAGAUAAACAGGCAUGGGUACAUUUCUAUCCAACAGCGGACCAACAAAAAAAUUGUGACAGCUGUGGAGAAGAAGGCAUGAAUGGAGAUCUGGUUAUAGCUUAUGAUGUCAACAGAGUCAACAGAUUUGGAGACAUUAAGACUUCUGAUGGAUACUUUGUCCAUCACUUUGCUCCAUCAAGUCUUCCACGAAUACCAAAGAACGUAAUCUUUGUUAUCGACCAAAGUGGCUCAAUGCACGGCAGAAAAAUUAAACAGACCAGAACUGCUUUACUCCGUAUUUUGAAUGACCUGGCAGAAGAUGACUUCUUUGGUCUCAUCAGUUUUGACAGUCAAAUAAUUCACUGGAAACGGGAACUCGUUCAAGCCACUGGUCCAAAUCUGGAGGGAGCGAGACAGUUUGUGCUGAAUAUUCAUGACAGAGGAAGUACGAACAUCAACGCAGCAGUGUUGGAAGGAGCCCGUAUUCUGAAUGCACAUCCUAGAGACGGCUCAGCUUCCAUCCUUAUACUUCUCACAGAUGGAGACCCAACAUCAGGAGUGACAAAUCUUGACACAAUACGGUCCAACGUAAAACAGGCGGUUGCAGGAAAGUUUCCUCUCUACUGUCUUGGCUUUGGAUUUGAUGUUAAUUUUGAGUUCUUGGAGAAAAUGUCGCUGCAGAACAGCGGUGCAGCAAGACGGAUCUAUGAAGACUCUGACGCUGACUUGCAGCUGAAGGGUUUCUAUGAUGAAGUGGCCACUCCUCUCCUAACAGACGUCACAAUGAUCUACGUCGGUGGAACCAAUCUGACCCAGACUAAUUUCAGCCAGUACUAUAACGGCUCUGAGAUUGUGGUGGCCGGUGAGAUCAUCGACAACAACGUAGAAAACUUCACUCCUCAAGUUGUGGCCAUUUCAAGUAAACAAAAAGUGACAUUUUCUAACACAAACGACUCUGUGGAUCCUUCGGUCAGUGAUGGACGCCUUCAGAGAGUUUGGGCCUACCUCACAGUUAAGCAGCUUUUAGAGAAGGAGCUUUUGUUAUCUGGACCUGAGAAAGAAAAAGUGAAUAAAGAGGUUCUGGAGCUGUCCCUGAAGUACAGCUUUGUGACCCCACUCACAUCCAUGGUGGUCACCAAGCCUGAGGGGGAGAUCUCAGAAAUUCAUCACAAACCCAAGGAGAGGAAAGAGCCUCCGCUUCUGCCUCAGAGUCAAUCCGCCAAGAGUAUAUACUCCAAGAGUUUGAGAAACUCUCCCUCAACUCAGCCUGUCAUGAUGAAAACCGUAAGACGUAAGCUCCUCCUCUAUUUUAAUUACCCUUUUAGUAUCAUCAGUAAGACUUUGCUGAUUUAAAUAAUUUAUAAUUAC